AUGAUUUCUAACGUCCUCCGCCGACUCCAGGGCGGUAACCUGGAAGUCUUCAAGUUCGGCAUGUACGUCCUCUUCCCCAUCGGUUGGAUGUACUACUUCGGAACCAACCUCGACGACCGCUUCAACGUCAAGAACUUCUGGCCUACUCAGGAACAGUCGCACAAGAUUCCGUUUGACAAGGAGGAGAUUGACAAGGAGUUGGCGCGUAUGCGCGUGGUGGAAUCUGUGCGCCGGGAGCGGAGGGAGCGGGAGGCUGCUUUGUUGCAGGCUCAGCAGGCUCAGGCCCAGACGGAGUCAACCGGAGAACAAUAA